AGAUGGGUAUAUUCGCGACAUAAUUUGAUGAGACAUAGCUCCGCGAUUGGCAUAUUCACUCAGUUUGCGGCUUUGCGCACAGAAACGGAAAAAGCCCCAACUCUGCCUGUUGCGAUCCCCGUUAGCCGGACCGACUGCACCAAGGAGAAGGCGCGAGAAGCAGUCACUGAUUUGGGGGCAACCAAAGGAAGCUUCAAGCAAUCAUAGAAGAACCCUAGAGAAAGCUAAAUCAUAAUUCCUUCUGGGCUUUCUCUUACUUUUUUUUUUCUCCUAAGCAACCAACACACUUUCCUUCUUCCCUCCGGCCUCGGCUAUCAGCCACGCUUUCGGCUGUAUAUAUCGAAAGGGAGAGACGGGGAGAGAAAUUGAAGUGGGUUUUCCGGGUUUGGGAAAGGUUGGAAACGACCGGGAGAUGAGGAUGGGGGAUGCCGGCGAUUCGAGGUCGUUAAAUCAGACCGAUGUGUCUUCUUCUUCUUACUCAUCCACCAUUUUCACUAAUUACCCGCUAAUUGCUUCAAUUGUCGCAUUCACAAUUGCGCAAUCUACCAAGUUCAUCACCUUCUGGUACAGGGAAAAACGAUGGGAUUUGAAGCUGCUCAUUGGAUCUGGUGGAAUGCCAUCUUCCCAUUCCGCGACUGUGUCUACUCUCGCCAUGGCCAUUGGGUUCCAGGAAGGCUUUGGAGGAUCGCUUUUCGCAGCUGCAUUGAUCUUAGCUUGCAUUGUGAUGUAUGAUGCAACUGGUGUAAGACUACAAGCUGGACGCCAAGCUGAGGUCUUGAAUCAAAUUGUAUAUGAACUGCCUGCUGAGCAUCCUUUGGCUGAGAGCAUACCUCUACGCGAGCUUCUUGGUCACACUCCUGCUCAGGUAGUGGCUGGUUGUUUGCUUGGAGUUGUCACGGCGAUCAUUGGUCAUCUAAUCACAAUGCCGACUAGUCAAAGCUGAUACAAGUCCAGGAAGAUAUUACACUUUCCCCCAGAGCACAUCAAAGAAGCUAAAGUUCAGCUCACAAGACAUGGGUCUUUGGAAUUUGAAAGAAGCUCUGUGCUGGAAAAAGGUUUGACAGACAUGAAUGAGGUAAUUCGGAUGUGGUAUUUGAAAAAUGAAGGAUUGUAUUUUAUUAUAGGAUUUAGAAAGUAAAGAAUUGGUGUUGGAUUAGGACAAAUUUUGUUUUCUUACCUUUGGUCUUUUUUUAUGUUGGAUUUGGGUCAUUAUUAUAUGUGUGAAAUGUAAGCAAAAUGGUAGGGAAAAUAGAGGAUUUGCCAAAUCUCACUGGACGAUGUGGCAAUUCACCCUUGUUGAACUUCGUGUUUGACUUGAUCUAAACUACACUAAGGUGAAGUAUAACCAAUGACGGGGUGUAGCAUAAUGGAGUAAAGUAAUAAAGUUAUCGAAAUCUAUGGU